AUGCUUGUCAAGUUUGAGAUGAUGAACUCAAAGCCCGACAUAACUCCGAUUGAUGUCAACACAAAGAUAUAUGCUGAUGAAGGGAAAGAAUUAGAAGACCAAACUGAGUAUAUAAAGAUCCUGGGAAGUUUGAUUUAUCUAACCUUAACGAGGCUAGAUAUAACAUUUAGUGUGGGUGUAUUAAGCCGUUAUAUGCAGAACCCACACAAGCCCCAUGUGUACGUUGUCCGAAGAGUAUUGAAGUACGUUAAGGGAACAAUGGAUUACGAAGUUGAGUUCAAGAAGGAGCAUAAUAUCGAGUUAACAUUGUAUUGCAACGCAGACUAUGCUGGUGACCCAAGUACCCGCCGAUCAACCACUUGUUUUGUGUUUCUGGUUGGAAAUAGUGUUGUCUCAUGGUGUAGCAAACGUCAACCAGUCGUAUCUCUUUCAACAACCGAAGCUGUCAGCAGCUAUGGCAGUGCAAAAACUAGCCUGAUUCUUUAUUGGGGGCGGAUCCAGUGGUGUUUUGGGGGUUCCUGA